AUGGCUCGACUAAACUACACCGCAAGAAAGAUAAGCGGUGUCAAAGCUGGGUUAGCUGUGAAGAAGGACCUGAAUAAACGCAUCCCCUCAACCCCAAACUUCAAAAUCCGCGACCCGAUCCUCGAAAUUGACGUAUCAGGCAAAGACCUCACAGACGAUGGCUUCAACGAAUUCAUCCUCGAUCUACAAAUCGCUGUGGAGUACAAAAGCCCUCACUGCCCUCAAGGCAUCAACAAAUUGCAAGAACUACACCUACAAGGAAACCGACUGACUGUCAACACUCUCGUGGAGCUCGCAAAAGUAAUUAAUCUCAGCUCACGGGAUCUUAAGGAACUCGACAUCUCGAACAAUGAAAUUAAGAUUGUCACGGCCUCUGAUUCGCAGAAAUGGCGGUACUUCCUGCAGUCGUUUGGGCAGUGCUGUGUGUUGAAGAAGAUUGAUUUCAGUGGAAAUGCGCUGGGACCGUUGGGUAUUGAGUUACUAGCACGGUUUUAUAUUCGUAGUGAGCUUGAUUUUGUGGAAAUUGUGGAGGACGGGGAGGGCGAUGGGGAUGUGCCUGAGGAUUUGAUGCGGGAGCAUUCGCAACAUGAGGAUGAGCCUGGUGUAGCUGGGCAUGAAACGAAGUCGGCUCGACAAGUUUCGCCACAGACGACCGGAUACAAGCACCACACUCACACCGAUGCUGAACUUAGACGUUACGCAUGCACCCGCGGCCUGCGCUCAGUUCCAUAUCUCAUUGUUCAAGAUGUUGGCAUAGCGAAUGGAUCCAUCGUCCAUCUCGCCGAAAUGGUUAGACUCCAUCGAGCCCCAGAAAACCUUCUGUCCUUUCUACCAGGAGGCAAGCCACCUUCUCUCCCUCCAAUCGAGCAGGGUCGUUGUGGUAUUUACUGGCAGCCAAACAAUGGUCUCGGCGUCCUGUCACAUCGACUCAUGAAACUCACGGAGGAGAUCAAGCUUUUUACCACUGAGGCCGAUUCUGAGGAUGACCUCGUCGAAGAUUUUGAAGGUCUAGACAUUGAUUUCGACCACGAAGAAAUCGAGCGCGCUCAGGAGGAACGCGAGCGUCGUCGUCGACUCCUCCAGAAGUUGACGGUCGAUCUUGGCCGCACCAUUAGUCAACAGCGUAUCCAUGUGCUGGGUACGGAAGGACUCCGGAAAUCGAUUCUGUGGCAUUGUGCUCUGCGUAUGUUGGCGAUCGCUCGAACCAUCCUGCUAGCUCCUGAGAACCGCCCGCCUUCGGCUGAAGAUGAGUUGAUUACGGUUAGAAGGAACGGAGUAACCGCAGCGCAGACCCGAGUCCCCCAAGCACGAUCACCAUUUAGUAAUCCUAUUACUACACGAACAGUACUUGGAGCUCCGUCAAAUCACGUGUAUGCAGGAACUCGAGAACGUUCUGGUCGAAGCACCGAAGCAGUUUUGAGUGUGGCAGACCUACAAUUUCCAAUAACACAGCCAUCGGCCCGUCGACAACACUGUCACGCUCCUCCGCGCGGCGGGGCGCUCAUCUCUUCGUUCAGGUUUGAUCCUCAAUCGUCGACAUUUGAUGUCAUGUUCCCAGCAAUUCAUCGUCCGUUCGAGAAUCCAUUGAUACAGAUACAUCCUCCACCGGUCGCUGCAGUAAUGCCAAAUUAUCCGCAGGAAGACGUUGGAGAAGACUCAGGUCGCAACGGCAGCAAGCAAUCGAACACAACUGUAAAGACGACCGAAAACUACCGCUCCAAAUACCGAUUCGGCCUCUCACUGCAUCUUUGGCAACGCAUCAUUUCAGAAUCAAUGAAUCUCAAACCCAUCUUGCAUCCCGAUCAACAGAGCAAAGUCAUCAACUAUGCCGCUAGCUGGGGCGCGCUUGAAGCGGAGAUGUCCAUCAACGGUGCGGCAGAAAAUCAGCAGAUCUGGAAGAUUCUGGAUUCUAUUGAUUGCUUCACCUACAAGCCUUUGUCUUGA